UCGCGGCGCUCCGCGCACCCCUUUCCUGGCAGAGCUUAGUCCCUCGUCUUCCCGUGAGGCUCCUCAUUGCCUCGUGUCAGGCCGUAGGAGCCCAUGGAGGGAAAGGAGGAUAAGCAGCAACAGCAUAAAAUAGAAGAUGCUGGUAUAGUGUAUGUAACUGAAAAAAAAGAAGAACUCAAACAUGAAAAAAAACCUGGAAAAAGUGUACAACAGUCAAAACCAUGUGUCGGGAGAGGACGUGUAUAUUAUGCUAAGUUCAUUAACACAAACGCAAGAACAUGCAAUGAACCGGUUCCCUACAUAGAUCCAAAAAAAGAGCCAGAAAAUCAGGGUGACUGGUGGUCACAUAGUAAAGGACUGGAAAACCCCUUCCAAACACCUUAUGACACUAAGAGCACCCAGAGGAGUGACUUUCAAAAACCAACAUGUCCAUUGGUUUCGCCAAUCAAAUACAGCAAGUUGCAAAAGCCUUCUUGUGGAAUAGUUCCACUUGCCUCUCCUGAUGCAUCAGCAGAACUUCAAAAGAGUUUUAUAGAACGCAUCUCUUUUAUACAUCAAUAUGAUGCCAGGAAAUCACCCAAUGAGCCCAUCCGGGGAAAGCGACAUGGAGUUUUUGUGCAGACAGAGAUAAAACCAGGGAGUAGGCCAACAGUUCCUAAGGGAACACAGGUAUUACUGAAUGCUCUCGGGUCAUGCUCAUCAGAACAAUCCAAAAAAACAGAGAAAGGAAACUCAGCGGAAAGCAAAAUGAUCUCACCCGGUCUCUCCCGACAAAAUUCCCAGGAGUUGCUGGAGACUACAACUCACUUAUCAGAAACAGACAUCAGAGAGGCAGCCAACGCAUGCCCCAGAACUCCUGAGAGAAGGGAGAGGACUGCCGGCGUCUUUCAAAUAACUGCAGUAAAUGCUCUUCUCACCAGGCAUGAUCCUUUAAGUCCACCAAUAAAAAGUCAGGACAAAUCAGGAUAA